CUGCCGUAUUUUCGGAAAUACUCUUACAUCACAAGUCCAUCUUUUCUGCUUCCUGGUUCUCCUAAUACAAGCAUGUCGGAGCAGCCAGAAAUAGUCUCUCAUGAGUCGAAAGAGGAAGAACGACGCGCUGCAAGUCCGACGCCCGCUGAUAACGAACAGAGUAACGGCACGUUGGAACCUGAAACAAAGCAUGAGAAGGUCGAGCAGACAACAGGGAACGAUGCGCCGGAGACUCUAGAAGCCCAAGCUACAAAGGAAGCACAAGAAGAGGCUAGACCACAUAAUGAUGCCGAAUCAGCAAAGCGUGUUCGAGCGCCAUCUCCACUGGUCAUUCCUACCUCAGAGGAAUUGACAGCGGCCCAUCCCGCAGAAGCUUUGCACCCUCCAGACUCUCCUACAUCUUCGCUUAUCUCGUCCCUCCGCUCACAACUUCUCUCUCUGUCCGACCAGACACAUGCCCUCAACUCAAAACUGAUUGCCUCCAUUUCUCAUUCCGCUGACCUCGAAGAUGAGCUCCAGUUGGUUAGGGACCGGCAUGUUGCUCUGGGAGAGAGGGCAAAGUCGUUGGAAGAAGAGAGGAAUAGAUGGGAGGAAAGCAUGAAAACAGGGCUGCUCGUGGAAAGGGAUCAGAUCAGAGACGAGAUGCAGAGAUUAGCUGCUGGGUUAGUGGAAGAAGAAAGAAGAAGAGGUAGUGCUGAGGAGAAGAGGGCCCAAGUGGAGAAUGAGGUCGAUGAUCUGACUGCUAAAUUGUUUGAUCAAGCCAAUACAAUGGUUGCAACGGAGCGCAUGUCGCGGGCUCAAGCAGAAGCCCGCCUCAGAUCUACUGAAGAAAACCUUGCCAACGCUGAGGCUGUCGUACAGGCCAUGCAGGUCCAACUUCAAAGCUUAUCUGUGGUCACAUCUGGUGACAAGGCCUUGUCAGGUCCAUUUUUGUCGAGAAAAUACGUCUCUUCCCACAUCCCUUACGCCGAAUUCAUCAGCUUCAUCCAACAUCUCCGCGCAGCUCGACCUCUGGUAGACCAUGCUAAACAAUCCUCUUCUCCCCCAAUAGUCACAAACCUUCUUGCCCAACCUUUCCUUGCCCGAGUGAUGGCUGAAGAUCAUGAACCAACCGUUCGUCUCGAAUCUGCGCCGGCGCUUAGCUUCCUUUCCCGUCGUACAGUUGGUAACGCUAUCAUCUCAGGAGACCUUGUCAUCGAACCAGUCUCCUUGGCGAAUGUUUUACAGAGCACUGGCUCUUCGCAACACGACCUAGCAUGUAGUCUUUGUGGCAAGAAAGUUUUCCACGCCGUUCCCUCAUCGCCAGCGACCGGAGGUUAUUUCGCCACACCCGUUUCUCAUCCACAAAGAAAUAGUGGAUCCGGCACCUCUCGGUUCUCUCUAAAACCGUUCUUCAACACUUCUAAUUCGUUAUCCAAUGGCUCUAGUGUUUCACCCAAAAAUUCACCUCUCACUUCCCCGUCUCUCCCCGGCUCAUCCUCCUCUACAUCCACUCAUGUCUUUGUAUUCCGUAUCGCUCGAUCCCAAGGCACAACAACACCUUUGGGCGAAAAAGAGAGUAGUUCCAAGCUGUAUCCCAUUUGCAAAAGCGGCUGGUGUCUUGAGAGGCUUCGAGCGACUUGUGAGCUAUGGCACUUUGUCAGGACGGGGAUUGUCCAUGUGGUUUGGCACAGCGAGGAUGGAGUACCGGCAGUGGCUGGCGGACCCAGGAAUUCUUCACCAGCUCCUGCUUCCGCGCCUGCCCCAAUCGUGGACCGGGCAGCACCCUUGGAAGCUGCUUCUGAGCCAUCCACCCCUACACCCAGUCAGCAUUUCGAGCCACCUCCCCUUCCUGCUCGAAAGAAGUCAUGGGGACUAGGGUGGGCUUGGAAGAACUCUGGGUCUGAAGCCAAUAAUCCAGAUGGAAAUACUGCGAACGAUGAUGGAGAUGAAGUGGGGAGUGUGGGUGCCGAGAAGGAUGAUGUUUCUGGGCCUGCUAUCGUAACUGAGGCCAUUGAAGCGGCCAAGGCCGAUGAGGCUGCUGAGCAAGCAGAGAAGGUAUCUGCCGAGCUUAUGGACGUAGAAAGUAAAGGGAAAGAGAAAGAGAUUGUGCCAAUCGAAGGAGAGGAAGCAAACGGGCCUGAGACGAUCAAGGAGGAGACAGAAGAGGCACAGAAAGAACACACUGAGGAACAACUGAACUCUACGUCCAGCUCACCCUCCCUCAAACUACCUGGCACUCUUAGCCGCGUCAACUCCUCUUCGACAAUCCCAGGUUCAGACGUCUCAUUCUCCACUCCCAAGGGAGAAUCUCUGGAAUUGAUGGCUGAAGAUGCUGUCGCUAUUGCCGAGGUAACCGAACAAUCAAUGAACGAGGGAGAGGCCGAGGAGAUCAAGGCAGAGGAAACUAAGGCCGAGGAGGCUAAGCCGGAGGAGCUAAAGGAGAAGGAAGACGGCGCUGAAAUGAUCAACGAGGAUGAGAACCAGGAUGAAGAAAAGAGAAAGGAGGAACAAUUCAUCAGCCUCAACACACCGACAGUCGAUUCCGCUCCUAUAGUUGACUCGUCCACAACGCCUAUGACCGCUGUCAACCCUCCGCCUGUACCUAAAAGGGCGGCUGCAAGAAACAAAUUGUCACAGUUGGGCGGUGCUAAUGGAAGUAUUGCCAGCUUGGGUUUGAUCACCGAUGAAGCAAAGGAGGAUGAAAAGGAGGAAGCGAAAGAGAACGAGGAUGUGGAUGAAGCCAUCGGGGUAGAAGGUGCCACGAAAAGUAGCGAGCCAUCUGAAUCGGUUACCGCGUCUGACUCAUCUCAAUUUCCUCCCCCUCCUCAUCACCCUAGUAUUCAACCUCCUGCACUGCCUCCCCGAAAUGCCCCUACACAGUUUGCCCCUCCUCCCCGCCGCCGAUUGCCUUCUCAGCAGCCGGUACCCGAAGGCGAGGAGAAGAAGGAUAAGACGUACUUAUCUGAAAACGCGGAAAGCUGGGAGGAUAAGACUUGGAAGGGAGUGGUGAGGUUGAAGGAGAAUAUGUGGAAGGCAAGAGUUGGUGUUGUUGAUGAAGAGUAAAAGGGAGCUGUGAGAUAUAUAUCGGAUAUGGGGAUCUUUCAGGUUGUUGACAUCAGACAAAGCUAAGACACGUAGAAUCAGCAUAGGGAUCGGGGACGAUGAGAUAUGAUUCAUGACUUCUACUUAUUCACGACGAUUCUUGUUCUUCUACUUAUUCAUACGACGCUUCUUACCACCGAAGCCGUCCGUAAGAUAAUUACAAGUUGUUGAUAAGAAAUAGGAUCGUAUGAUUUUACAACGCAAACCAAGAGGCUACAAACACGACUGUACCUCAAAUGUCACAGACUGUUGCUCUGUCUUAAGUGAGUUCUGACCCUAACGGUCGUAUAAGUUUCCUUCCAAUGUCCGUCGACGGGUUAGUGUCGAACCUCUAUCCAUAUCCCAAACGUCCUACGUCCACACCUAGCAAUGCAUACCUGAAUAUCGGUACCAUAUCAUGCCCCAGUUUCCUAUAUUGAUGGAUGUAGAGAAUCUGUACUUUUUUAUGAAAACAAAAACAGGGGAUUAGAGGCGAAGAGGAAG